AUGGCUAACAAAAAUUUCAAUAACAAAACUUUUCCUUUAUUAAAUCAAAUUGAUCAAGGAACCUUUGCGAAUGAUCUAGACUGGAAUAAGAAUGCUUUUCAAACUCUGCUGACAUCUAACUUACCAGGCAAGACCGUUUUCCACUACGCAAUUAAUGUAGGCCUACAGCGAUUGGAAAACAGUCUCUACGAAACCUAUUGGGAUGUAACAGCUGAUGCACUGAAUGACCUAUCUCAAUAUCUCUUUGGAAAUGAUGAACUGAACGAUUAUUCUUACGAAGCUAAAUGUCAGUUAUUAAUGUACUCAGCAAUUGCAAUCAUCAAAAUGAAUACUAUUAGACGAAAAUCGAUCCACGAUGCCAAGCUCGCAUGUGCAACAAUGUGUCUGCUACUAUUACAACAAAAUCGGACCUAUGAAAAUCCAACGACAACGAAUGAAUAUACUGCUUGUCUUCGAUCGAUGCGUAAUCGUUAUUUGAAACGUAUCUUUAUCAUUGUUGAAUGGUUACCAACGUUAUCAAAAGCACAAUUGAAGGAUUUACAAACCAACCACGAACGUUAUAUUGCCUUGAUUCUCGAGCAAUUGUAUCCUGCAGUGUCUUUACGAGAUAAAAUCAAUCAUUUUAUUGAUAAUCAUUUAUUCACAAGUAAUGCUAAUGAUGACGAUGCUACUUCAAGUGGAUUUGUGUUUAUUCGACGCUUUCCUGAAUAUAACGAUAAACUGAUCGAGAAAUACACUGAUCUAAUGAACAUGGGACUUACAAGUGCUUUAAAUCAAUUCAAUAAUGAUAGUACACGCAAACUAAUCUGUUGUAUCUGGACGUUGUCUUGUAUGAUUGAAUCCGACCGAAUCUCACUCGGAGUUAUCAACGCUAAUACAUUACGUGAACAUUUCUCACUGGCACCUAUUGAUUUCGAACGAAAACCAAUUACAGUUGAAUCCCUGAAUGAACGUGAUGUGAUGGUUUUUCUUCUUCUCUGCGCACAACAAAAUAUCCAUGUACAUGAUGCUGAAUCCAUACUUCAUCCAUAUUUACUCUUCUCAGCAUCUCAUUUAUGUACGCAACAACAAAAGAAUUGGUGGCAAACAGCAAUUGAACAAACACCAUGGAAUGAAUUCAAUGAUCAUCUAGCAACGAUUCGUCUUGAUAAUGAUCAAGUUCAACAACAUCCACCGAAAAUUAUUCUCUUAGAAACUGCACGGAUACUAUUCAAAUCGGCGAAAAAUCUCUAUGAACACCAUGCGAAACGUGCAGCAGAAUCGUAUGAACAAUACGCUUUACAUUAUCUUCAAGUCGCUAAACAAGAUAAAAGCACUCAAGGGUCAUCAUCAGAUUUACAAACUAAAGGAAACAAACCGGAUAAAUUAUUCUUCUUCUAUUCGCAAAAAACUUUAAAUCACGAUCUGAAAUAUAGGGAACAAUUGAUUGAACAAUGCGAAAAAUUUACUCAACAAUGUGAUGAAUUAAAAUUAUUACCGGAACCUGAACCUGAACCACUGCCGCAACCGGAACCACCAAGAACAUCUAGUCCAACGAAAGAACAACAAAAAGAUAUCAAUAUUUCGGCAGUUCUGAGUCCAGUCAUAGUAGAAAAAGAAGAACGAAAACCUUCCGAGGCUCUUGAUUCGACUUUAUUUGCCACUCCACCAUCAAUUAAAAGUCGUGAUGUUGAUGUACAAACAUUUAUACGAUCUCCAACUCCACCCCCACCACCUGUUGCUGCAAUGCCACCGAUCGAAGAGAAGCCAGAAACGACCGAACCACCAUUGCCACCAUAUGUGGAUCUAAUAUUUUCCCAUAUGAAUGGAGUUAAUCAAUGGAUCAAUCAAUUUUGUAUGGACAAUGAACUGAUUCAAAGUGACAUUCAUACUAUUCGAGAUCGGUUGGAAAAGAUCAAUCGAGUAACAAGUCAGAUGAUGUUUUCGACUUGCAAAAAUUUUCCACUAGGACCCAUGGAAAAUUCUGAUGAUUAUCAAUCCCCACAUUGA